CCACGCUUCUUCCAUAUGGCCGACUCGACUCAGCCGCUUCUCUCCGAUUCCAACUCGUCCGAGUCAAAGCUUCCACCACCAAGAUCCCUCGACGAAACCAUCGAGCAGUGCAUCGGAAACUUCGGGUGGGCACAGUUUCUCCAAGCUGCUCUAGUCUCAUUCGCUUGGGUCUUCGACGCUCAGCAAACAUUCAUCACCGUCUUUACCGACUCAGAGCCCACGUGGCACUGCCUCGACUCGGACCGAUGCAACUCGUCCUCCAACCUCUGCACCUUACCCAACGAAACCUGGUCUUGGGACUUUAACCCACACGUGUCAACAAUAUCCGAGUGGGGCCUACAAUGUGCCGGCUCGCUCGUCAAGGGCUUGCCAGCAAGCUCCUUCUUCCUCGGCUGUCUGAUCGGCGGCCUAGCUCUGUCCACGCUCGCUGACUCAUCCCUCGGUCGUAAGAACAUGCUCUUGCUGUCGUGUCUGAUAAUGUCUCUGUCUUCCAUGUUAACGGCUUUCUCGACGAGCAUUUGGGUUUACGCGUUCUUGAGAUUCUUGAACGGGUUUGGUCGUGCCACGGUGGGGACAUGCGCGCUAGUUCUAUCGACUGAGCUAGUCGGUAAAAAAUGGCGUGGACAAGUCGGUGCCAUGGGUUUCUUGUGCUUCACGUUAGGGUUUUUAACGCUUCCGUUGUUAGGUUACACCAAUAACGGAAACUCUUGGAGGUAUCUCUACGCUUGGACAUCGAUACCAACGCUAAUCUACUGCUGUUUGGUUCGGUGUUUCGUCUGGGAGUCUCCUAGGUGGCUAAUCGUAAAGGGCCGUAAAGAGGAAGCAGUCUCGAUUCUCCACAGCAUUGGUUCAUCAAAUGCAAUCACUAUGAGCUUCUCCAACUUAUGUCUUGAUGUACAAGAGUCAUCAAACCCUGACGUUUACGACGCGUUAAGGAUCUUGGUGAAGAAACCGUGGUCGUUUAAGAGAUUAUUAGCGGUUAUGGCGGUUGGAUUCGGUAUCGGUAUGGUUUACUACGGAAUGCCGUUAACAUUAUCGAAUCUUAACUUCAAUCUUUACUUAGGCGUUGUGUUCAACGCCUUGUCUGAACUCCCAGCGUUUCUAAUAACGUUUUUCUUCAUGAAUACAAUCAAGAGAAGAGAGGCUUUGAUCGGGUUCACAGCUCUAAGCGGGAUCUCUAGCGUCCUAAUCGCGUCGCUAGGACGACAAAUAGGGUCGUUACAGAUUGUGUUAGAGCUGGUUUCGUUUUUCAGCGCGUGCACCGCGUUUAACAUGACGCUUAUUUACACUAUCGAGCUGUUUCCGACUUGUGUGAGGAACUCGGCGCUUGCGAUGGUGAGGCAAGCGUUGGUGUUGGGCGGCGUUUUUAGUCCCGUGAUGGUUGCUGCUGGUCGGGAAAAUCAGUUUUGGUCGUAUGUAAUGUUUGGUUUGGUCAUAGGGCUGUUUGGAUUGUUUGUGGUUGGGUUGCCGGAGACUAGAGGAAGUGUUUUAUGUGACACUAUGGAUGAGGAGGAGACUAAGAAUUUGACAAAAGAACAUAUUAUUGGUUGA